GGUGUGAAGUUAAAUAGUUUUCAGGAUCUCCACAAUCUAGAUCUCAUGAUUGGGAUUGCAUCCAGUGGAAUUGCUGUAUAUAGAAAACUCAUCUGCACAAGCUUCUAUCCCUGGGUGAACAUAUUAAAAAUUUCCUUUAAAAGGAAAAAGUUUUUUAUACAACAACGGCAAAAACAUAAUGAAUCCAGAGAGCAUAUUGUUGCCUUCAACAUGUUAAAUUACAGAGCAUGCAAAAAUCUAUGGAAAUCUUGUGUAGAGCAUCACACGUUUUUUCAGGCAAAGAAGUCACUACCUCAUGAAAAAAAAAUACUGUCACAUUAUUGGACCCUGGGUUCUAGAAAUCCUGCAAAGUCAGUAAACAGUCAGUACUGCAGGAAAGUUAUAGGUGGGAUGGUUUGGAACCCAUCUAUGAGACGAUCUUUAUCUGUUGAGCAUCUAGAGACCAAAAGCCUUCCAUCUCGAUCACCUCCUGUUACCCCUAAUUGGCGGAGUCCUAGACUACGUCAUGAAAUUCGGAAACCACGACACUCAUCUGUAGAUAACCUUACAAAUGAGAUUAGUUAUAUCACUGAAACAGAGGAUGUUUUUUAUACAUAUAAGGGCUCUCCAACAUCAAAGGACAGUGAUUCAGAGUUCUCUCAGAACCGUAGUCCACAAAGGAGGAAUGUAUUGGGAAACAGUCCAACGCGGAGUUCUCUGACCCGUACCUCACCUAAAGCCUUGGCUCAGUCUCCAUAUGGAGUUGCUAACGUUUCUGGCCGUUACCCAUUGGAAGGAGUCGAUAAACAGUUCUUAGAAACAUAUGACAACGUUACAAAAAGUAGCUCAACAGAAGAUUCCAGUCAGUACUACUGUGAUAAGGUAAGUUCAGGUGCCUUUUACUUACUUUUGGUGCAUAUCAUACCAGAUGAAGACGGGAAGUUUGGAUUUAAUCUAAAGGGUGGUGUGGAUCAAAAAAUGCCAUUAGUGGUAUCAAGAAUAACUCCAGGAUCACCUGCUGAUAAAUGCAUUCCAAAACUGAAUGAAGGGGAUCAGAUAGUAUUGAUUAAUGGCAGAGAUAUCUCCGAGCACACACAUGACCAGGUGGUUAUGUUCAUAAAAGCCAGCAGAGAAUCUCACACAAGAGAGCUUGCACUUUUGGUCAGGCGGAAAGUAGUUAAACAGUUUGUGGAACCUAAAUCAGAAGAUGAAAUUGAUUCCCACAAUAUCCCAGAAUCUCUUCCUAUCUGUUCUGAAUAUGGUGGUGAUACACUGGAGGAGUCUAUGGAGCAGCUGAGGAAAGGGCUGGAAAGUGGAACUGUCCUUAUUCAGUUUGAGCAACUUUAUAGAAAGAAACCAGGACUGGCUGUUACGUGUGCAAAGGUACCUCAGAAUAUGGACAAGAACAGAUACAAAGAUGUUCUACCUUAUGAUGCCACAAGGAUAAUAUUGCAAGGAGCUGAAGAUUACAUUAAUGCAAAUUACGUGAAUAUGGAAAUUCCUUCUGUGGGCAUUGUGAACCGGUACAUUGCUACUCAGGGGCCUCUUCCACACACCUGUGCACACUUCUGGCAAGUUGUCUGGGAUCACAAGUUGUCCCUGAUCAUCAUGUUAACAACACUCACUGAGCGAGGUCGGACCAAAUGUCACCAAUAUUGGCCUGAUCCACCGGAUGUAAUGGAAUAUGGCAGCUUUCGUGUCAGAUGCAAUUCUGAAGAUUGUACGAUUGCUUAUGUUGUUAGAGAAAUGGAGAUUACAAAUCUUGAGACAGAACAACAACACACCAUCACCCAUCUCCAGUAUGUUGCUUGGCCCGAUCAUGGUGUUCCUGAUGACUCCAUGGACUUCUUGGAGUUUGUGACCUGUAUGAGGCCAAAGAGGGUAAAGAAUGAGCCGGUCCUUGUUCACUGCAGCGCUGGAAUAGGUCGCACUGGUGUAUUGGUCACUAUGGAAACAGCCAUGUGCUUAAUUGAAAGAAACCAACCUGUGUAUCCACUGGAUAUUGUACGAAAAAUGCGAGACCAGCGAGCUAUGAUGGUGCAAACAUCAAGUCAAUACAAAUUCGUUUGUGAAGCUAUUCUUCGUGUUUACAAAGAAGGAUUGGUUCGACCACUGGAUUCCAGUUAGCACAGCAGUGAAGGAUGAAUUCUUUUUUUUUCCCUAAAAAGAUUGCUCUUAAAGCAAGGGCUUGUUUCUGAAAGCAACUAGAAUGGACUAGAAGCCCGUGAAAAGACAGACGAGCACAUUUGAACUGUGGCACUUUAAAUUUCUCAAGAAGAUUGCUAAAUCAUGUACAGUAUAGAGGAGUCAUGCACAUAAAUGUGUGAGAGAGAUUGUGUGUAAUAUGCUUUAUUCACAUAGACAACCAUAAACGAUCAUGGGAACCUUAAUACAUAUCUUUUACUGCCUUAAAACACCCUUCACUUUGGAAGUUACAAAGGCCUUUGUG